AUGCUCUCCGAGGAGUUCUACUCGUCCGUUUGUGGCCCCCCGGUGGCCCCCAAUACCGCCGUUUCCAAGGACGUCGGAAUCUACUGCCAUGCCCUUACCCCUAGCUACGCCGUCAAGUCCACCUUCAAGAAGAGCUCUGCGCCACCCAGUGGCUUGGCUUUGGGCCCGUCCCAUGUCUUCGCCGCGCAACAAGACAAGUCACAGGUCCAUGUGUACUCAAGAGCACGCGGCAACCAGGAAGUCACCGUCACCUUUCCCGAGCGCGUCCGGAGACUUGCCCUCGCCGGUGACGUUCUGGCUGUCGGUACUGCCGAGGGGAGCUUGAUCUUAUGGGAGACCUGUACAGGACGCCUAAUCACCACACCCCCCUGCCAUGUCCAGCCCGUUUCGUGUGUCGCGACAACACCUCAUCACGUGUUGACCGGGUCCGAAGACUCCAACAUCCACGUCUGGACUCUGUCCCGCCUCCUGGAAAGGAAUGCCGCCACCGAGCUGGAGCCCGACCUGACUCUGUCCAACCACCGCGGUGCCAUCACCGCACUCGCCCUCAACGAGAGCGCGAGCCCGGAGACGAGCAUCUGCGUGUCCGCCAGUAAGGACAAGACCUGCGUCCUCUGGAACUACCAGACAGGCGAGCCCCUGCGUACCCUCCUGUUCCCCAGCGUCCCUCGCUGCGUCGCCAUCGACCCCGGCUCCCGCGCCGUCUUUGUCUGCACCGAGGAUGGCAGCCUCUACCUGGUGGAGCUAUUCGGCGACAAGCCCCUCAUUGGUCGCCACAGCGCCGAGGUGUCCUCCACCGUCGUCCAGGUCACCUCGCCCCUAGGCGUUGCCGACCCGGACAUGGGGCCCGCCUCGUGCCUGGCCCUCAGCCACGACGGCACCACCGUCUUGACCGGCCACACCAAGGGCAAGAUCAUGCAGUGGCAGCUCACCGAAAACGGACACCCCACCGAGUUGGCCGACCUGAACGCCUCCGUCACGAACCUGAUCUUCGCCCCGCUUCUGCAGGCCCCCGCCCCCACGAGACCUGCAGCCGUGGUGAAGCCCAGCCUAGGGGAAGCUCGCUACGCCUUCACUUCUCAGUUGGAGACGGACCUGGGAGAGGAGGAAACCCGGUUCGACGCCAUGCUGCAUGGCCCGGGCUUCCCCGAAGACCUUCUCGAAAAGGCCGUCUUGUCGUUCACAGAACCGCCCCCGCAAGCAGCCGCGAACGACGGGGAGGCGCAAAAGCAGACGGAGGAACUGUGGCAGAUCAUCAACGAGCAGCGCGCCUUGCAGAAGGCCACCCUGCAGAAGUACGUGGAGGCCAAGUCGAGCCAGGCGUGA